AGGAGGAGAAAGAGGUGGAGGAGGAGGAGGAGCACAGCUGUAGCAGCAACAAGCAGGGACCAGGACGCACUUCUCUCCAUAUACUCCGGGAGCUUCAGCUGAAUAGGUUCCUCGCCUGCUUAACUCGACCACCCUCCAAAACUUUGGCUCGAACGAUAUUAUUAUUAUUAUAACUAUUAAUUUAUUGAUUAAAAGAAGGAGAAAGCUAAACCAAAGGCGAGGGGGAGUACUUGGAGAAGCUGAAAACUAUCAUCACUGAUAAAGAAAAAAUAAAAAGCUCAGAACCACUUGCGAUCUGUUCUGGGAGUCCAGAAACCAACAAGUGAGAGAAGCAGCCACAGCAAAGACAGCAGCAGCAAGCAGCAGCAGCAGUUGGAGAAGGAAAAGAAGAAGGAGAAAGAGCAGAAAGAGGAGGAAACUGAACCUUCAGGAGCUCCCACUGCCACUGCUGCUACUGCCGCUGCUAUCCCUUCGGCUUUGGGACAGGCAGUAGUCGGAAACAGAAGGGGGGUUGGUGGUUGUCAUUUCUUCCCCACCGGGUUGAGAACGGCGGAAGCGCCUCGGGUUGUUCGUGCUUGACUGGGAGCAGCUGGUCCCCUGGGAAUUAUGCGGCGCUUAUGGAUACUGCUUACCUUUGGCUUGGUGGCCUGUGUGUCCGGAGAGUCGAGAGCAGAGCUGACUUCUGAUAAAGACAUGUACCUUGACAACAGCUCUAUUGAAGAAGCAUCUGGAGUUUAUCCAAUUGAUGAUGAUGAUUAUGCAUCUGCAUCAGGCUCGGGAGCUGAGGAGGAAGUAGAAAGUCCACAGAUGCCAACAUCCCGAACAAUUCCAAAGAUAUCAUUUACUAGUGAUAUUCCAAAAGUUGAAACAACAACACUGAAAAUUCAGACUAAGAUUCCUGCUCAGACAAAGUCUCCUGAAGAAAUCGACAAGGAGGAAGUUGGCAUCUCAGACUCUGGCACAAAGAUUGAGGCAACUGAUGAGGGUACGAAUGUAUAUACAGAGAAACAUUCAGACAAUCUGUUCAAGAGGACAGAAGUACUUGCGGCUGUCAUUGCUGGUGGAGUUAUUGGCUUUCUCUUUGCAAUUUUCCUUAUCUUGCUCUUGGUAUAUCGUAUGAGAAAGAAGGAUGAAGGCAGCUAUGACCUUGGAGAACGGAAACCAUCCAGUGCUGCUUAUCAAAAGGCACCUACUAAGGAGUUUUAUGCGUGAAACUCCCAUUUAGUGUCUCUAUUUAUGAGAACACUGAACUUUUUAAAAUAAAAGCUUUUGCAUAGAAUAAUGAAGAUCUUUGUUUUUUUGGUUUUUUGUUUUGUUUUUUUUUUUCAUUAAAGAGCCAUUCUGGCACCUUUAUGAUAAAGUCCCAUUGUAUUUAAAACUUUUCAUGUAUUCCUUUAGAACAAGGUAAAAUUAAAACUUAACAUCUGCAGUGUUCUGUGAAUAGCAGUGGCAAAAUAUUAUUUUAUAAAAAGAAAAACCUCGAUGUUCACGGAAUCAUUUUAAACCUUUAUGCGUAAAUAUGAAAACAAUGAUAUGAUUGUUUUAUCCUAUGGUUCGAUGAUGAAAGUUGUUUAAUUUUUGUCAGCAUGUCUCAGAUCAGUCUUACAAGUUAGUCUUAUUUCAUUAAUUUAUCUGUUUCUCUCCCCUACUCCUUUUCCUUCACCCACCCCCCUCCUCCUGCCAUCACCAUCACCCUCUCCUGUCCCCACCUUUUGUAGCUGUCAUGGUGCAAUUUGUCUUUGGAUAAUUCAGAUAAAGGUAAUUUAGUGUAAAUGUGAUUUUCAGAGAUGUCAACUUCACCUCCACUUUGUAUAAAUUUCUGAGUGUUGGAAUAUCCAUUUUACACUUGCUUUGUUUCUCAGUGUACCUAUAGCUGCAGACAGAUUUGCAACAGCAGAUUAAUGUGUAAAAUUGGGUUGUUAUCACAAAACUGUAUAGUCAUAUCUUUACUAAUCAGAUCUUCCAUCAGGAAGAACUGGUGUAAGUUACUGACAAACUUAAGCAGACCCAAAGACUCUUAACAGUAUUUCAAGAAGUUGCUGCAGAUUCCUAUGGUCACUGUAUUUGUUAAUUUCUUGCAAUUUGAAGGUACGAGUAGGGGUUUAAAGGAAAAAAAAUUAGUUUUUGUUCUUUAAAAACAUGCAUUUAAGUUGUAAACGUCUUUUUAAGCCUUUGAAGUGCCUAUGAUUCUAUGUAACUUGUUGCAGACUGGUGUUAAUGAGUAUAUAUAACAGUUAAAAAAAAAGAAGUUGGUAUUUUAUAAGCACAGACAAUUCUAAUGGUAACUUUUGUAGUCUUAUGGAUAGACAUAAAUUGUAAUUUGGGAACAUAAACACUACUGAAUAAAUCAUGUGGCCUAAUAUGGAAAAUGUCAUUGUUAUAGAUUUUAUACAUUUUCGACCAAAUGUACACUUCCCAUCAGCUUAUGAUUCUGUUUAUUAUCAAGGAUGGCAUGGGUUUGAUUUCAGGGGGUGCUAUUUGUAAUUCAAGACCAAAGAAGACAUGGAUGAGGCUGUUUUGUAGCAAGACGCCCUUUUGAAUUAGUCAGAGGAAACCUGAAUAUAUCAGCUUGUGUAUAUAUGUUGAUGUAGAAAUUUGGAAGGUUGCCAGUGAAUUAUGAGGCUUGCAGCCUCUAUGGAAUAGCUGUUGGCAAUAUGAGAUAAAACACAUGAUUUUUGCAAAUAACUCUUUCAGAACUAUAGGUUCCAAAGGUAUGAAAGGGAUUUUCCUGAAUUAAGUAUCUGAGGCUUAGUCAUUGAUUUGAUUUACUUCUAAAAAUUGUACUUCAACUCUCUUCUGAAAUUAAAAGAAGUAUAAUAGAUGGAAUAGUUUAAUGUUUUCCAAAGAAGGUGGAAUUGUCUCUUUCUGUGUGACAGAGAGGCCUGACUGUUAAGGAUUCAUAUGGGUGGGAAAAAAAUGUAUAUAUUCUGGAAAGAAAAUGGUGUGUGUCUCUUCUGUGUUUAUCCUUUGGACAUCACCUGCUUCAGUUUUACCAAAGCUUUUUCUCUUUUUAAAUUUUGACCCACCAAUUUAGGAACAAAUAUUAGUGGUCAACCUUUUCCAAUGUGCAACUUAUUAAUAAAGGAUGAUCCAUUUUCCUGGGGGCUUCUUCAAAUUCUUACAGAGCAUCAAAGGGUCCCUCAAAAAGCAGAUACUAGAGUAUCAUCUUAAACUCCAAUGGCCUUAAUACUCAUGAUUAUGUUCCAUGAGUGUAGAAACAAUCUCAUUUAAAAAAGGAAAAGGAAAUAACAUGUUUUGAAGCUAUUCAAUGUCCAUCCAUUACUAAAAAGUUAAGAAUGUAGUGGAAAUACCUCUCAUUGUACAGAGGGCAGUGAAAUUCAAAUCCUAGAACUGUUUGGAAUCACUGUGCCAGGAAAGGGAAAUUUCUGGCAAAUAUUUUGUCACUGCUGUAAAGCGAAGUAUUUGUUAAAGUGCCAAAAUAAAGUCUGUCAUGCCUAAAGUAAAAA